CAAAACGGAAGUUUUCUCGUCUCUAUGGAUACGUCUGUCUGGUUCCGUGCGCAUUUACCAUUGCCGUUUAUCUUCUUUUUUUUUUUUAUUUGUUCGCCAUCAUUUUCGGAGGGAAACCGAGCUAUUUAGUUGAAUUACAGAGCCAAAUUGUAGGAAAAAAUCACACAGUUAUGUCGUUUGUCUGCUAAUUAAGUACAUUUGAAUAGCAAGAUGGUGCUAAUGUUUACGCGCUAGUAAGCAAUCCGUCAUGUCUGAAUGGUGCAACAGUGACACCGGAGAGGCUGUCUACCGGUCUCUGGAUGCCAUAAAAAACCUACGGAUAAGGGUAUCCUUAAAGAGGGUGACCACCACAGUGACUCUUUCCCAACAACUCCAGCGGCAAGUUCUGUCCCAGCAGGAUGCAGGAGUCAUUGAACUGGUGCCGCUCACAUCGCAAGCCCAGCCUGGCGAUAACGCAGAAGACGUCGUCGUUGGCUGGCAGGAGAAGCUUUUCAGUCAGUAUGAAAUGGAGCUGUUCCAAAACGAGGCUGCGUGUCAGAGCCCACUGGACCGGCAGUACCACAAAGAGGUCACAGCCCUGACUCAGACCGAGGGCCGGCAAAACCGCAGAAUUUUCACCUACACAGAUUAUGAUCGCUACACCAACUGUCAGCCGCUGCAGCAGCUGCAGCAAGGCAGCCAUUUGCUCAACACCACCAAGACCAAACCCACUUUCCUUGCCGAAAGGAUGGCCACCGUGCGGCAGCGAAGGCAGGACAGGCGAACUACGGAUGCCAGUUUCCCCAAGUCCAAGAUCAUCAACUGGGAGCCCAGCGAUGAGUUCAAGAGGAACAGCCAUGAGGUGAACAGUGUCAUGCAGACAAUGCACGUCAUGGGAGAUCUGGGUCCUCCUGGAAGGUUGGGUCUGAAGGAGAACGAAUUUUUGCUGUUGACCGUAAAAACAGAUGGCAACGGGACCAUUGUCGUGAAACCCGACUUCAACGAGGGCAAAGAGUCCUACAGGAUAGCAACUGCUGGGAGCAACAAAGAAAUCUGGCAUCUCACCAUCGAGAACGCGUCGGCAAGCAUGAAAUCGGAGGAGAAAGAACGAGAGCAGCGUUUGUACCGAGAUGUGCGUAGCCAUUUUGGGGGCCGUGAGCUGCGUUCCAGGCGCACCGAGUUUCCAAAUAGCCUCGUUGGACAGGACUUUGAAAUGCCUCCUCCGGGUGUUCUGCGCUACUUCCUGAACGGCGAGAUAGUCUCCGCCGAGGGCUUUGAGUAUGAUCAUUUGUAUGUCCACUUCAUAACGGAGCUGCCAAACAACUGGUCCAGCUCGCCGACGCAGUCCCACUCAGGAGUCACUCACGCCUCUCGGACCAAAUCACUGGGGAAGGACAACGUGGCGUACCUCUGCUACCCUUUCACCUUGGAGGCUUUCUGCACAAGCGAGGAAGAGCACGAGGAAUCCGGACCCCGGUGGCCAGUGUUGUAUUUCAAGGUUCUCUCACUGGACUCCUGGUGGCGAUAUCGAACCGAAGGCUAUGGCUACCUGCUCUUUCCCUCCACGCCCGGACUGCACACGUUGACGCGUCACACGUGGAGACCCCUUCAGACGGGCACGGCCUCGGCCCUGAGGCGCUUCUUUAUCGGAGGUUCCCCGGAACUGGAGGACCUGAGCUACGUGAGGGUACCAGGCCAUUUUAAGGGCGACAGGCUCAGUCGCUUUGGAUUUUGUACACAAACCUCGGGGAGUGUGACUUUUCGUUUUCACUGCAUUCAGCAGUCGAGGGAUUUUGCCAAUUCCACUGCAGCAAGGAGAAGGUGGCAGAACACUUUUGACCAGGCCCAAGGAUUUCAUCACCGUGAUACUCUCUUAAGCACCAUGGAGGCGUUUCAACGGGCCAGAAGGAAAAUGCAAGAAGUUAGAGAAAGUCUUCCUGUGGACUUCAUCGCCUCUGUCUCUCAAAUCCAAAUAUGAUCGGCUGAGGAGUGAAUAUUAUUUGCCAUUCAAAAGUAAGAUAGGGCUGUGAUGUUAAACUGAGAAAGUCAUACAAUACAGGACUGCAUGUGUUGCAAUGUUAACAUUUUUGUUCUGUUUUUGGAUGUGUAAAAUUUGACAAAGGAUGAUUAAAAAACAUUUGACUUUA